GGGUAGGCAGAAAUGACGCACCAACCCGGCUCAUAAAUUUGUGUUCUUUGUUUCUCAAAUAACUGCCAGUCACAUAGCAACCUGCUGCAGCAGUUGAAUAAACGUUUUUUGGCGGCGAGUUGCUAGGCAAUGUGAAAUUAUACACCAAUCAAUAAGCAUCUGAUACCAUUAAGAACACAUGGCCUUAGCUUGGCUGGCUUACACUGAUUGCAUUGCAGCGUGCGCACGAGGGUCAACCUUUUCCCAUUUUUCAACAUAUUGGGCCAUCUGGUUGGAAGAAUCGCCGUAUAAAAGACAAUUUAAGAAGCACUAACAAUGGCUUCUAGGUCAAGGAAAGGAGGAGAUAAUGAUUCUCAAAUCACCCACGUCCAAAUAGAUGGUCUGGCCAUGAUGAAGAUCAUCAAGCACUGCCACCAGGAUGCUUCUACCCCUGCCGAUGAUGCCCAGGGUGUGCUGCUUGGCCUCAUCAUGGAGAACAAGCUGGAGGUGACCAACUGCUUCCCGUUCCCCAGGAGCAUCGACGGUGUAGAUGAUGACCGUUACCAGCUGGACAUGAUGCGCCUGCUGCGGCCGGUGAACGUCGACUACCUGUCGGUGGGCUGGUACCAGAGCGCCUCCAGCGGCAACUACAUCAGCCGGCAGCUGCUCGAGUCGCAGCAACAGUACCAGGAGUCCAUCGAGGAGUCGUUCGUCAUCAUCUACGACCCGGUGAAGACGGCGGCCGGCGCGCUGUCGCUCAAGGCCUACCGGCUCACUAAGCAGGCCAUGGAACUGGUUAAGGACAAGGGCUACUUCAACUUCGACAUGCUGCGCAACCUCAAAGUCGGCCACGAGAACAUGUUCCAGGAACUGAAGGUGGUGAUUCGGAACUCCCACCUGGUAAACGCCCUGCUCUCCGAGCUCAGCGAGGUCUUCCCGGAGACACUCAACCUCGAGGCCAUGGACCUCGGCACAGCUCCGGUGUUGCAGCGUCACCUGCGCAGCAUCAUGGACUGCACGGACGAGAUGUCGCAGUUCCACCAGUUCCAGAAGCAGACCGUCAAACAGCAGCUCGAGAAGACACGCUACCAGCAGCGACGGAACGUGGAGAACGCAGCGCGGAAGGCGCGGGGCGAGCCGCCGCUGCCCGACGAGGACUUCAACUUCAAGCCGAUCCAGCCGCCGCGCGACCUCGAGCCGGGCGUUAUCGUCGGCGGCCAGAUGGCCAUCUACUGCCAGCAGAUCAACAACUUCUGCUCGCAGGCGCUGGCCAAACUGUUCCUGGUCGACUCGCUGCACCAAAACUCACCGCAGCGGCCACUCGGUCAGUAGUGGCGCCGCCGCGCGGAGAAAUGUGCAACUACAGUUUGUGCUAUCGACGCCCGAUGGAGCCACGUGGGUAAAUGCGUGGAACGGGUGUCUGCCAGGUUUUUCAUCCAAUGUGUAGGCGAUUCCAAAAUACAGGUGGUCCGGUUA